AUGAAUAGUAAUUUUGCAUCUGAUAAUAACCUUACAACAGAAGAAGAAAACUUGGAACAUGACGACGAAACUAACCUGCCAUCGCUGAAUGGUCUAAAAAAUGAGCUGCUAAGGGACUGUCCUGCCACAACCCUGAAUGGGAUAGACGAACCAAAUGGAUCUCCCCACAAGGGGAAUAAUGACCAAAAUGUGAAAUCCCACAAUGCAAACUCUGAAGGGGAAGCCCCCCAAAGUGACAACACAGAUCGAAUAAAAAAUCCAAAUGACCAUUCACAUGAGACAGACGAAGAAGGAAGUGAAGAAAACAAAUCACGUAGAAAGGAAAUCGAAAGGAUAAACAACAAAUACAAACAACUCUGCUCUAUGGAAAAUGUGUCAAAGAAGAAACUGAUGAAAAAGCUAAAGUACAAACAAAAGCAGGAUAAAGAAGCGGAAAAGGAAAAGUUGUUCAAAAAUAUAGAACAGUACAGGUUAAACACUAACCAGCGAAAUUUUAUCACUCAAUUUGACACAAAGAAAAAGAGCCCAAAUCAGGAAAAUCUGGAAAAACUAUUUCAGACGUAUGAAGAAAUGAACAUCGAUUUGCCAAAUAAUUUGAAGAUUAUAAAAAAUAAGCUAGAAAAAAAAAAAAAAAAAUUUUUGGAAAGCAAAAAAAGAAACCAAGAAAUUGCCACAUCGCCACAUGGUGCAGGAGGAAAGAAGCUCAAAGUGUCAGAAGAGGUGCAUCAUCAUUCUGACGUAAAUCAGAAUGGUGAUCUGAUCUCUAGUGAUGGAGACGAUACUAACGAUGAGCUAGCAACAAGCGCAUACAUAGCAGAAAAUGAAAUAAAUUGCACAGAAGGUGUGAGGAACACCAACUCCAAGCAUGUGCUUAGCAGUGAGAGUGACCUUGCCGAAAAUGAAGACGAUGAUGAUGACAAUCCUCAUGGUGAUGAUGUCGACCUUGGUGACGCCCCCCCUGAUGGGGACACACCGGACCGCACGAACCACCGUGAAGAGGGACCUGCCCAACCGGAAGAAGAGAAAAGAAAAAUCACCUACCAAAGAGUCAGUAUAAAUCGAAAGGACAACAUAGAUAAAAUGAGACAGGCGCUGCCCGUCCUGGGGUACGAACAAGAAAUUAUCGAAGCGAUCCUAAAUUACGAUGUCGUAUUUAUAAAUGGAGAUACGGGGUGCGGAAAAUCUACACAAAUUCCUCAAUUCGUUUAUGAACACGGGUUCUGCACAGAUAACUACCUCAUCGGCGUUACAGAACCGAGAAAAAUAGCUGUAAGAAGCAUUUCGAAUAGGUUAAACGAAGAACUAAAUAUGGAAGAUGUAGCUGGGUAUCAAAUAAGAUUCGAAAAAUCACAUUUUUUAAAAAACAGUAAAAUAAAAGUUAUGACGGAAGGUAUAUUGCUUAGAGAAAUUUUGAACGAUUUUAUUUUGUCAAAAUAUGCUGUCAUCAUUCUAGACGAAGCGCAUGAAAGGAGCAUAAACAUGGACUUAAUUUUAGGCCUCCUAUCCAUCAUCUGCAAAAUUAGAAAAAAAAAUUAUUUUGCAUACAAGUCGAAUAUCAUUCCGAUUAAGAUUAUCAUCAUGUCUGCAACUAUUAAUGAUACCCACUUUUUUGAAAAUAAAAUUUUUACAAAUUAUACCUCCAUCAACAUUCCAACGGAAAAGGUCCCCGUCGUGGAUCACUUCCUCUCCUACACGCCUCAAAAUUAUGUUGAAGAAGCGAAAAAAAAAGUUAUACAAAUUCAUAAGAGGCUACCACCUGGUAGCAUUCUAGUGUUCUUAACAAGUCAGGAAGAAAUUUACCGUUUAUAUAAUGUACUCAAUAAUUUGAAAAUGGCCGAAAAGAACACACAAGUGGGAGAUGAACAAAAAAUACACACAAUUGAACUUGAACAUGCUAAUGAGGAAGAGAAAGAAACGCAGAACGAAAAUAUAAAUUCUUUUGACCUAAGUGAGGACGAAAAAAACGCGAAUGAUAAUAAGUGCAGCUUCUUUCUCAGAUCAACGGAUGAAAAUAAGGAAAAGCGAAUUAUAUUUGAAGCGUCCGACAGUGACGAUGAAGAUGCUCCCUUGCACAGUGCCCUGUCGGUAAGCGCACCUGACCUUAGUGAGCAGCGUGAAAAUGAUGCCAAUGUCCAGGAUGAAGAAUGCAGUUUGUUGAAUAAUCCCAGCAGUGCAGAAGCGAACCAAACGGACAACAACGCAGAAUCAAGUGGCUUGGAAAAAACGGACAACGGGAAUGACGUCCCCCCCAGCUGUGGGACCAGUCAGACGGAAGAAGGGGAGGAUGGUGAAGAAGACCCCACUUCGGAAGAGCAUACCGAAGACGAUGACCAUUAUAGUGAAGAUGCCAAAAAUAAGGAUGAACUGUCGGAGAAUAGCCAAUCGGACGAUGAAAAUAUGGCGGAAAACCAACCCAGUGACGAACAAACCGAAGGACAACCGAACGAACCCACACUCAACGGAGAAGCGAAAAAAAAAAGGAACAUACAAGAAUCGAGCAUUUGGAAGGGAAGUGACGGGUCAGGCAGACUAAAAGUUUUUAAACUCUUUGCAAAUAUGCACAUGAAGGAACAAAUAAGUUUAUUUAACGACCCCAAGGAUGAUGAACGAGUUUGCAUUAUUAGCACAAACAUAGCAGAAACGUCUAUCACCCUGCCAAACAUUCGCUACGUAGUGGACUGCGGAAAGGAAAAGAGAAAAAUUUACUCAUCGUUGAAUGAUUAUUCCUACUACGUUAUUGAUAACAUAAGUAAAAGUUCUGCAAUCCAGAGAAAAGGAAGAGCAGGUCGAAUCUUACAUUUAUUAAAAAAAAAUAAAAAAAAUAAAAAAAAAAUCGAAACGGAAAAGGGACAUGUGUACAAAUUAUAUUCAUCAAAUUAUUACAACUACUUUUUCAAAAACGAUAAUGAUUUCCCAAUUUUGAACUACCCCCUAGACUCCCUUAUUUUAUACCUCCUAAGUUUUAAAAUAAAAAAUGUAGAAAAUUUCCCCUUUAUUAAUAAGCCAGAAAAGUGUAAAUUUGACGAAGCCAAAAAAAGAUUAAUUUAUCUUAACUGUAUUUACUUUGGGUACCAAGAUGUUCAGUUCCUUUUUAAAACCUUAAGUGAUAAAAUGGCCUCAAAAAAAAGUAUCGAAAAUCAUAUAAACAUGUUUAACCCAGAGCAUAAAAGCGGAAUUAACCCUACUGGUAGUUUUGUCCUGUCCCUACCGAUAAGCACAAGAUAUGCUAAAAUUUUAACCGACGUUUGUCUAAAAUCGUUAGCCAUUAAUCAUACCGGUUCAAUCCCGUUGGCCUGUCUCCUAGUCUCGUGUUUAUAUUUGGAGUCCAUUUUUUCGUACGACUACAAGCUCAAGGCGAAGUUCAGCAAAGGGGGCAAAAAAAGGAAAACCCGCACGAAUGGAAGCAAGCCAAAGGGUAGCAGCCAAAUGGACAGUAAUGACACCCUGAGCAGACGUAACUACAAUUUAGCAAGCCUAAUUUUUAAAAAGAACGACGAAAAUGAAAACCAAAGUGAUGUGGAUAGUUGUUCCUCUGAUGAUGUAUCCCCCGACGAGGGCAAUUCAUCAGAGGAAAAUUCCCCAAGCAGCGAUGAAAAAGAUAACACCCUUGAAAAUUUUAAAUUAAGGUUCGAUAACGACAUUGACUUUUACCUGAACGUGUGUACCUCCUUUUAUUUUUCAAAGGACAAAAAUCAUUUCUGUUGUAGCAUGCAUUUGGACAGAAAAAAAAUGGAAGAACUACUCAAAUUGUCCAACCAUUUAAUAAAAAUAAUAAAUCACAAAUUUAACAAAAAUAUUAAUUUUGACCUUUUGGAAAAAAACCCAUCAGAUUUAUCCAAAAAAAUAAUUCACUAUGCAGUCAUCCAGGGGUUUAUAGACCACCUAGCCAUUCGCUCCGACUUAGUACAUAACGAAUACACGAGAAACUCCAAUUUAAACUUUAACAAUAAGAAGGCUUACUUUUCCCAAAAUAUGAACACCCCAAUAUAUAUCAAUUCGUCUUCCCUCAUGUAUAAAAAUAGGCCGUACCCAAAAUAUAUCCUAUACAAUUACAUUAUGAAGAAUGCAAAGUCGUAUGUCAUGUUCGACUGCCUAAGUGUAAAUGAAACAGACUUAGGAAAAAUAACCAACGUCUGUAUUUACAUUAACGAAUAUGAAAAAAUACCACCGGCUAAAUAUGACAUGAAGAAGGACAAAAUUGUCGUUUGCGUGAAGCCUCUAUAUUUGCCCUAUUCUCAUUAUCUACCCAUGACCACAAAAGAGUUAAAUGAAAACGGGUUGUUAUUUUAUAACUACCUUGCUUUGUUCAUAUUAGAUGGGUCCAUGUUUCCAAAAAUAUCAUCACUUCAUAUGUUUUACACCCAUUCGGCUAAUGAUAUUAUCGCGUGCACCAGCCAGCCGGUUAAGCAGUUCGUAGAUGCGCUAAGGGAGGCCAGAAUAAGCAGCAGGGCGAGCCUAAUUAACAAGUGGAAAAGUCAAAACGAUUUCUUAAAGCAAGAAUUCGUAUCCUUGAUUGGGAAGAAACUUAACAAGUAUAAUGAGCAGCUCAUCGAUAAAACGUGGCCUCCCCUAGAUUGA